CUAACAAGUGGGGAAAGAAAAAAAGCAAGAUUAUGGUCCAAAACAAGAAAGAGACUUACAAGCCAUACAAUAACCGUGGAUCUCUGGCCUCAGUUAUUUUCAAACACAAUCCCAUUUUAAGACACCUCGGGAUCUCAGUUUGGUCUGAAACUCUGUGUUAUAUGUCUUAUAAAUAUGUGAGCUCUUUCUUCUAUCCAACAAAGUCUGUAAUCUCAAACAGAGUCUCUCUGUCUAUUAGUUGAUCAAAAAAAAAAAAAAAGUCUCUCUGUCUAUUCUUCUUCAGCUUACAUAGUACACACAAAAAGUACAUACAAACACUUUUGUACAUAUAUACUGAGUUAGAGUGGUUUUAUCUGACCAAGAUCCAUUAAACAUGGCCGUUGUUGUAUCUGCCAACGGGAAUGGUCCGGCUUUUGAAGCCAAGAUGACUGUAUAUGUCUUUGUCUGCGUUCUGAUUGCAGCUGUCGGCGGUUUGAUCUUCGGUUACGACAUCGGAAUUUCCGGUGGAGUGACGGCGAUGGAUGAUUUCUUGAAGAAGUUUUUCCCUACGGUGUGGGAGAGGAAGCAGCACGCUCAUGAGAACAAUUACUGCAAGUAUGAUAACCAGCACUUGCAGCUAUUCACAUCGUCUCUUUACCUAGCCGCACUCGUGGCCAGCUUCUUGGCUUCGGCCGUCUGUUCCAAACUUGGAAGGAAGCCCACUAUGCAGUUUGCUUCUGUCUUUUUCUUGAUCGGUGUCGGGCUAGCCGCAGGAGCUGAUAACAUCGUCAUGUUGAUCAUUGGAAGAAUCUUACUUGGCUUCGGUGUAGGCUUUGGCAAUCAGGCAGUGCCGCUUUUCUUAUCCGAGAUUGCUCCUGCACAGCUCAGGGGAGGUCUCAACAUUGUAUUCCAACUCAUGGUCACAAUUGGAAUACUAAUAGCCAACCUUGUCAACUACUUCACUGCCACCGUUCACCCUAACGGAUGGCGAAUCGCCCUCGGUGGAGCUGCAAUCCCCGCGGUUAUCCUCCUCUUGGGUUCACUGAUCAUCUGUGAGACCCCCACGAGCCUCAUAGAGCGCAACAAAAACGAAGAAGGCAGAGAAACUCUAAGGAAAAUCAGAGGAGUUGAAGAUAUAAAUGAUGAGUAUGAAUCUAUCGUCCAUGCGUGCGAGAUUGCGAGUCAAGUCAAAGAUCCUUACAGGAAACUGUUGAAACCAGCGAGUCGUCCACCUUUAAUCAUUGGAAUGCUUCUACAGCUUUUCCAGCAGUUUAGUGGAAUCAAUGCUAUUAUGUUCUAUGCACCGGUUUUGUUCCAGACUGUUGGAUUUGGAAAUAACGCAGCUCUUCUCUCUGCGGUUAUCACGGGAAGCAUCAACGUUCUUAGUACGUUCGUAGGGAUCUACCUCGUGGACAGAACCGGUCGGAGGUUCCUUCUUUUACAAUCUUCCGUUCACAUGCUCAUUUCCCAGUUGAUCAUUGGAAUCAUCCUAGCGAAAGACUUGGGCAUCACGGGAACACUCGGGAAGGCACAAGCCAUGGUGGUUGUGGUCUUUGUGUGCGCUUACGUGAUGGGAUUCGCGUGGUCAUGGGGACCAUUAGGAUGGCUAAUUCCUAGCGAGACGUUUCCUCUAGAAACUCGAAGUGCAGGGUUCGCUGUUGCAGUCUCGUGCAACAUGUUAUUCACCUUCGUGAUCGCGCAGGCUUUCUUGUCGAUGCUUUGUGGGAUGAGAUCAGGAAUAUUCUUCUUCUUCAGCGCUUGGAUCAUUGUGAUGGGACUGUUUGCUUUGUUCUUUAUACCGGAGACUAAAGGUGUGGCCAUUGAUGAUGUGAGGGAGAGAGUGUGGAAGCCACACUGGUUCUGGAAAAGGUAUAUGCUUGCUGAGGAUGAUCAUCAAGAUGUGGAGAAGAGAACUGAAUGAUAUCAUAAGUCUUUGUUGAUCAGUGUGUUUGCUUUUCCUUUUUCUUGUUGAUGUUGGUUACUUCUUUUGUUUUGCGGGAACAGAAUAAGACCAACUUGUUGAUUCAGGUUAGAUGUUUUAUCAGUGGAAGUCAACAAAAAUUACUUAUCUUGAAUUCUAUUUUUUUUUUUCAGUUAUAGUUAUAAACAAUAAGCUCUGGAUAUACAUUCA